AUGGCCCACCCCCGCAGGCGCGUCGAGCUCUGGACAUUCGUCCUGAGGGUGUUAAUCCUUCAAGCAGUGGCGGACUGCGACUUGCACCAGCUAAACGUCCUCUGGUCAUACGAUGAGGACGAAGCCAUGGCUGCAGAUCACAAUGGCAGGCCGGCUGCCGCUGCCGCUCCCAACGCGCCGCCUCCCUCUACGCUCGCCGCACAAUUGGUCGAGAAUAUUUCGGCUUCGACCAAGUCCACGCGAUCCGACGAAAACGCCGAGCUGAAGAGGCUAUUCGCCGUAAUCGAGAAGGUCAAGAAUAAGCCGGAGAUGUUAGAGACUGCCGAGCAAAGGACGGACCACAAUCAUAUGCUCAUCUACGUCUACGCCCGUGUUGUUCUCGAAGGAAUCAAGCUCGACGAUCCGUUUUCCGACCGAAACCAUAUGCGAAACGAGGCUCUGAAGGCCAUAAACUUCUUGAAGGUCACAAUUGAGGAGACACCGAAUGUCCUGGACCAUACUACCGAUGGAAAGCAAUUUGUCUUCCGCGGGGAGGAGCCUCUUUGGAUUUGGAUCUUCCCCAAGAUCCUUCGGUUGCUGGGCCAUUCUCGCUGCCUCGAGCUGACAGGAGACUUUGAGGGUUUCUUUCAAUUUGUUAUCCUCGUGGUUAUCCGUACGGGAUCCAUGUGGAAACUUCUCCCGUCCAUGUUACUAUACUUGCGCGAGACCAGUAGGGUGCAUACAUCAAGCAACGACAUUGACCUCGGCCUUGGCGCACCCCUCAAUCUUCAAAACUCCGAAUCUCGUGUCACGGCCAACAUUGUCUCAACUGGCACCGUGGCUGCUUGA